UAAUUUUCCAGCAGAAAGUUAUAUAGAAUGAUAAUUAAGGCUAUAUAUAGUGAAUAGCUGGGGAUUGCUCAUUGUAUUAAAGAUGAUUCAAUAAAUAUAUUAUUUAGAAGACAUUGUGGUAUUAAGAUUUAAGGUCAUUACUUCUUGAGUUUAUUAGAGAUUUAUUAUCUACUUAAUUAUAAAGAGUGUAUGGUUUGUCGAUAUAAUGAAGAAUUGAAAGAGCAAUAUGAUAUUUAAAAUUAUCAUUGGAUAAAUGAUCCUGUUGAUUUUUUAAAUACUUUUAAACCGGAUGUUCAUAGAAUAUGCGCUUAUAUUUAGAUAAGAAAUAUGGAUCUUUAUUUAAGUUUUCAAUUAAAGGCAGAAUAAAUGGAGAAAGUUAAUUAAUAAAUUAAAAAUUUAUCAAGAAAGAAAGUUGCCGAAUAGGAUAAUAAAUAAAAUGGUGAUUAUGAAUUUCUACUAUACAAAACAAUAAGCGAAUAUAAAAAUAAUUUGAGAGGAUUAAAACUAUCAUUAGUUUUAUUUAAAGAAUAAGUUGAUUAAGAGAUUUUAAAAAGUGUAGAUGUGAUUGGUUUGAUGGAAAAUGGAGAGGUGAAAUUAAUUAUGUUGGAAGAUAUGUGA